GAAUACACACGUGAAAGUUGAAAGUGACGAUUUAUAGGCUCAGUAUACACUUUCGUGUUAGCUCGACUCGAUGAGAUCGGCUCGACUCGGAAUCCUAUCGUUCGCGCGGGCUCCCGCCGGCUCGUGGUCAACGCUCGAGACUUAGUUUGCGUCUGGCAUUGCGUUCGGACGGUCAUAUUAUAGGGUAUUCGUUGUAUGUUUGUCGUUCCUUUCAAGAAAUAUUGUUGUCUUAGUCCUCCCACGAGGCACUCGUGAAAUCCGCGUGACUUAGGCUUAUUAUAUUUUAUCAUAUUUUACCGAUAGUAACGAUCACGAUCAUUAAUAUAAAUUGUGCUACGAAUUGUGCUACGAACUGCUAACAACUGAGCAGCGACCAGUUGGUAUGUUCAAUUCACCGCAGUCAAUUCUUCGUUGUUGAUUUUGAGAUGAUGCAAGAACGGUCUACCUGUUGCGUUACUACUACGACUGACGAAAUUCUGUAUCAUCGUACUUCAUAGCGAAAAUAAUAAUAAUGACAGUUACCGAUAAUGUUCAAAAUAAACGUGACACUACUUACGUUUUAAGUAAUACUACUUUGCAACAAGAGUAUGGCCAUACUAAACAAAAAGAAUUAUCGAACAUGGAAGAGUCCUUGGAAGCUCCGAAUAUUAAUGAAAAUUCAAAUGAAUUCGAUGAGCCUUGUUCUGAGACGAAACUCAUUUUCUCAGAAAUAAAACAAAAUAUAACGGGAUCUAACGAUUUUAAAUCGAAGAAGAUUGACAAUAUCGAAAAUGAGGAACCACUUAUGAAAACUGACAGGCAAGAAGAUCCGGAAGCUAACAAUGUUAAUCUUAAUAUACCACCUGAUGGUGGUCUUAGAGCUUGGAUGAUCAUGAUUGGUAGUUUCUUUAUCAAUGGUGUUUUAUUUAGCGUGAUCAACACAUACUCUUUAAUCUAUCUCGAACUACAAAAUAAAUUAUUGGAAGCUGGAGAAACAGAGGUGUCCUCUAAAGCAUCUCUAGUCGGAUCAUUGACCAUUGGUACAACAUUUUUCUUAUCGCCAAUCGCUGGUAUCCUCACUGAUAAAAUUGGAAUUCAGAUGACAACAUUUUUAGGAGGUGCAAUAGCAUCGAGUGGUAUGUUUCUUUCUUCGAUGCUCUCCGAUAAGGUAGAAUUAUUGUAUAUGACCUACGGUGUGAUGUACGGACUCGGUGCAAGUCUUGCUUAUACACCAAGCUUAGUGAUUUUAGGACAUUAUUUUAAAAAAUAUCUGGGAUUAGUAAAUGGCAUCGUCACGGCUGGAAGUUCCAUAUUUACGACGCUUAUACCAUAUCUGAUGGAAACUCUUCUUCGAAAUUUCGGAUUAGAAGGAACAUUUCGGAGUUUGGCAUUGUUGACCGCAGUUGUCAUGCUUUGCGCGCUACUUUUCAAACCGAUACCACUUAAUAAACCUCCGCGAUGCCAAUCACCACAGAAAACGAAUUUUCGACAUCGUUUGAAGGAAGUUAUUAAUUUAUCGAUUUGGAAAAAACGACGAUACGUUGUAUGGGCUGUUUCUAUUCCUCUUGCCUUGUUUGGAUAUUUUGUACCGUACGUACAUAUCGGAAAAUUCGUAGCAACCACAUUUAAAGAUUCAGAUGGAAAAUUACCGGUCAUGUGUAUAGGUAUUACUUCUGGAAUAGGUCGAUUAAUAUUUGGUUAUAUCGCUGAUUUGCCUAAAGUAAAUAGAAUAUUACUGCAACAGAUAUCAUUUCUAAGCAUUGGUAUGCUUACGAUGUUACUUACCGUAACACCAUCUUUUACUAUUCUACUACUCAUUUCUUUAAGUAUGGGAUUAUUCGACGGAUGUUUUAUAUCGCUAUUAGGCCCUAUUGCUUUUGACAUUUGUGGCCGCGAAGGUGCAACUCAAGCAAUUGGAUUUUUAUUAGGAAUGUGUUCCAUACCUUUGACGGUAGGACCACCAAUCGCUGGUCUUUUAUACGAUCAUACUGGUUCUUACGAUUUGCCUUUCUUAUUGGCUGGAGUACCGCCAAUAAUUGGGGCAUUAACUAUGUUUUUAAUAAAAUGUGUUAAGGAAACAGAUACUGAAAACGAUGCUGAUUCAAUUACCGAAGAACCAACGGCAAAAUCAACUUGCCAAAAUGGGAUGACAAAGGCUAUACUUCUAUCAUCAUAUUUUAUAACAACUAUACCAACUGAUUGUGGACUACAUAAAGACGAAACAAGGAUAAAGAAGUAUCCAUACAUACAAACUGAAUAUGAAUCUAAUGGAAUGUUCACUGUCAAAUGUAAUAAUAGUAGCAGCAAUGAUGGUUAUUUGCAGAAUGCAAGAUAUUCAGAAAGUACACCUUUAUUAUGUGACAAAAAUCAAAUGUUAUGGUCAAAACCAUCCUUAUUACAACGUGCAGAGCAAUCAUCGAUGCUUCUUACACUAUAAUAGUAACAUAAUAGUGAAUCAUUGUAUUGAUUACAUAAAAAAUAUCACAUGGAUAUUUUACUUUA